AUGUCGGGGCACAGCUGGCAACGUAGCAACGACUCUCAACGGGUCGCUAAUUCCGCUGCAAUGCGGCCUGCAUCUGGCCAACGGCGCCAGCGAAACGAUGAAUCUUGGAUUGAGGUGGCCUCGCAUCCUUCCUCGUCAUCUGUCUCAUCCAUCGGCGACGAGAUUGUCACUACAGGGCUACAAGUGGGCUCCUCUUACAACUCUCGAAGACGACGACGUUUACAUCCGCAGUAUUAUCCCCGACCCGACUCUCGACAGCCCACUUUUGUUGCCGCCCAGGCCGCCCAGGCCGGUCAGGCUGGUGCGAAUAGCAGCCAAGAAGAGUACGAAGAAAGCGAGAGCGAGGACGACCGAGUUUUAACCAGCUCUGUCGAGAAUAUUGCUUCCCCUCAACGUGCUGGAACCGCUUCUCUGCGACGUUCGGCUCAGCCUGUUGAAGAUGACUCGAGCGACGACGACGAUGAUGAUGAUCGCGCUACUGCGCUGGCUCAACGACCUUCGGAACCAUUUCAACCUCAACCGAAUGCAUUCACUCACCCGCCUUCGCAUCUGACCCACCGGCACUCGACAAGCUCAACUAUUCCUCAACAUAAUAGGCCAUCUUUUGGCCAGCGAUCCCAAACUCGCGUCGACCCCCUGCGUGCUAGUUUGACCACCCUACUUAGCUGUGCAGCUGCAGCGGGUAAGCGAACCAAGGACGGCGAAAAGCAAGUGGAUGAGCGUUCUCCUGCAGCUGCUGGGAACCAACCGGUGGAGCUGCGCUUCGUUCCCGAAAGCGAACUAAUGGCGGGCCCACCACCGCCGGCCCAAGCCCGACCUAGCCAAUCUUCUAGAACAACUCCUCCCGCGGCUACAGCUCGCGAAUCAGCAGGCGAAAAGAUCAAACGAACGGCCACACCCACACCCCCUACAAAAUCCCCGCGGGCAACUAAGAAGAAGAGGACGGGUGUGGCUUCUGGCGAGGAUACUCUCAUUAGCCCGACGCUCCUCACGUGGGUUGUGAAUGCCGGCGUUGUAGUUCUCGUCUCCGUCGUCGGCUUCGGAGCCGGCUACGUAAUCGGGAGGGAAGUUGGCCGCCAGGAGACGCUAGGCAGCCUGGGGUCUAACGCCAGCGCGGUGGCGAACGGAAGCAGCUGCGGAAGAGACGUGAUCAAGGGCGGCGGGGGUACUCUAAGAAGAUUCCACUGGGGCAGCGCAAUAGGCAAAAGCGUAGCUGCUUGA